UGUAGAAAGCAAUGCUACAGGAAAACUUGGACCCUGUGUAGCCAUGGUGACUAGAGAACAGUGGCGUUAUUUUAUUGCCGUUCGUGGAAGCCAGAAGCACUGGGUUUCUAUUUGAAUCCCUGGAAUACCACUUGGCAGGCGUGAAACUGGAAACAGAAUGCCUCCUUCGCUAUGGUUUCUAUUGCAGAGGGUGGUUUGGCUGGAUUUAUUUUCGGAAAUGACCACCUGGGGAGUUUAUAUUGUUUUCCGUGGGUUACGUAUAGUCGUUCGCUGAAGGAACUCCUCUGGAAAGCUUCCAUAGUGCGACGAAGAAUGCUUCGAGUGUUGGUCACAGUUGUUGAAUCUUUAAACUUUUGGAGUGUUUUGAUUUUAUGAUACCUCGCCGUUUGGCAGGUGGGAACAGAUCAUUGGAAUAUUGAAGUAAGGGGGAUAGGAGGGAAGUGUGCAAGAGGGCACCGGGAAUUUAUAUGGGAUUUCUGACACGAUUGUGUUCUGACCCAGCAAAAAGCCGAAUGAGCUUUUGUCGGAAUGUAGGUAUCUUGGUAUCUGGAGGUGUCGUCAGAAGACCCCAGUUGGUGGGGCAGCUACAAUCACAAGAGAGGGUGACACUGGGCGGAAACAUCACAGGCAGUUCACAGAAAGCCAUAAGUUUUGCAGUGUUUUGAAUUUUUAGCGUCUGGAGGCGUUGAGGUGAUACUUUUAAGGAGUACGUGAAAUGGAAGAUUUGAAGAAUUGGCAGAAAUAUCACGUUGAAGCAGUAUGAGAGAAAGUAGGCGGAGCCAGAGGAUGCACGCUCUUGCUCCGUUGCUGGGCUAGCUGUCGAAGGAGAAGGUAUGGAGUACGUGGUGCACGAAAAGAAUGUUAGAAAGGAAAAGGAUUGGGUGAAGGAAGUGCGGGAGGGGGGCUCUUUGCGGAAUGUGGAGCUCCGGGAUGAUGGAGUGCAUGGAUGGGCGUCACCGCCAGCUGGUUUGUUUAUGGUGCGCGGGGCGAAUUAUUUCCAGAAGAAGGUGAAGGUGCCGUGCUCGGAAAUGCUGCUGGAGCCUUUGGGCGUCGAUUGGUUGCGGUCUAAUGCGAAGCUUGAUCAUGUGCUGGCGCAUCCUGAGAAUAGGGUGAUGCAAGUGCUUCAGAAGUUAAGCGAAGAGGCGCGCAAGACAUCGUUCAUCUUGGCCAUCAAUUUGCAGGUCUCAAGCAAGAAACACCACAGCGCCGUGUUCUACUUCAUGACGGACGAGCCCAUUGUUGAGGGUUCCUUGUUGCACCGCUUCAUCCACGGAAACGACGCGUUUUGGAAUAGUAGGUUUAAACUAGUCAAUCGGAUUGUGAAGGGUCCUUGGAUCGUCAAAGCAGCGGCAGGAAAUCACACCGCAUGCUUGUUGGGUAGAGCUCUCACAUGUCGGUACAUUAAUGGACCUAACUAUCUGGAAAUUGACGUGGAUAUCAGUUCCUCCACUGUGGCUAAUGCAAUCUUACAUUUGGCUCUGGGCUACGUCACGACCGUAUCCGUUGACAUGGCCUUCCUCAUUGAAGCACAGACUGACGACGAGUUGCCAGAGAAACUGCUUGGGUCAGUGCGAAUCGCCCAAAUAGAGAUGGAGGCGGCCUCUUAUCUUGAGAAUCACAAUGAGAACUGCUCCAUUUCUGCCCACGAACAGCCGGGAUCCCAAUUUGGGUUGUAUUGGCGCAAACUUAGCAAGACCUUGUCCAGGAUAGGAAGCCAUGGGAGCAAGAACGGGAGAGUUGAUGUGGAGGAGGCCGAAGAGAAGUGAAUCAGGUCAAGCUGAUAGUGCCAAUUGAUUGGUGGGCCACCACAUUCAAUUUAUUUGGUGGAAUGACGGCUCUCCACAUGGUGGUGAAAUGUUCGCGAAGGAUGCACGAGUACUGAAACUUCGUUGCAGGGUAGGCAUUUUGUAAGGACAUUUCAAAAUUUGUAGAACUACGUAACUAUUGUAGUAUUUUGAUCGAUUAGGAAAAAUCAAUUCUCAAUGUUCGGGAUGGAAAGAGAAGAUCUUUGUGACAAUUUUACAUGAAUCUUCCUUUUCUUUUUCUUGGUUUUUGAUUUUUAGGCUGUCAUGAGGAGUGCUAGCUUGCCAAUGCCAGAAGUUGGCAAAAGCAACACGGUCUUGGUAACUACCUUCAAGUUGCUUUAGGUGGAGUCCAUUGCUGCUUCAACCUUUCGUUCCUGAGAAGUCAGAUCUUUGCUUUUCUUGAGUAGAAGCUUUCUCCCUGUCAGGGUUUCAAAUGGGGUCCUAAAUCCACAAAUGCAGUGAGUUUUUGA